AUGGAGGAUGGUGAGCAUGUCGCGCGGCGAGCUGACUCCAAGAGCCGGCGCGCGAGUCAGGAGCAAACGGAGCUGCGCCCGGAACCGGCAGCGCGUGACGAACCAGGUGGAACCGGAGCGCGAGACACGACGGAGCGCAGACAGCGACGCAGCCGGCAAGAAUCCAUCAGGCAGAGAGGGACUGAGGUCAGCAGCUUAUCAGACCUCAACACCCACGAUACAACACUGGAUAAGGUGCUGCUCCGUGAGGAGGUUCUAUGUCUGCAGGAGGAGGUGGCUGAACUGAAGAGAAUGAAGGAGAUGUUGAAUAAAGAGCUGGAGGAGACUGGAGGAGGCUGUUCUGCUGAGCUGCUCUCUGCCGCUGAGCUCAGAGUACAGCUCUCACACAGAGAACAGGAGUUGGACCGAGCCAACGAAGCACUGCAGGCAAUGAAGGCAGACCGCAAGCGUUUAAAGAUAGAAAAAGCUGAGCUGGUGAACCAGAUGCAGCAGCUCUAUGCCACGCUGGAGAGCCGUGAGGAGCAGCUCCGAGAUUUCAUCCGGAACUACGAGCAGCACCGCAAAGAGAGUGAGGAUGCAGUUAAAGUGUUAGCUAAAGAAAAGGACCUGCUGGAGAGAGAAAAGUGGGACCUGCGGCGUCAAACUAAAGAAGCCACCGAACUGGCCACUGCACUGCGUUCUGCACAGGAACUAAGAGAGAACCGAAUCAAAGAGCUGGAGGCAGAGCUCACUAUGAUGAGUAGCUAUGUGGCCCAGAAACUCGAGUGUCAGCUGUUUGUUCGAGCUCCAGAAAAGCCAGGCUCCCCCAGACACAUGUCGGCUAAGCAGUCAUUGGCCACACUUACUAAGGACGUUUCUAAGCGCCACUCUCUGGCCAUGCCCACAGAACCGGUCGUCAAUGGCAACCAGGAGUGGGUGAUGCAUGCAGAGCUGCCGCUUACCGCAGCUAUUAGACAGAGCCAACACAGCCUGUAUCACACACUUGACAGACAUGUGGUAAAAGCCGUACCCCAGUGUGUGUGUGACGUCGACGGAGUGUGCGUGGCGCACUCCUCGGGCAGUCUACGCCUCAGCCCCUGUCACUCACGACAACCAUCAGGGCUGUCAGACGCCUCUGCAGUGGAAGGAGAACGAUCAACCACGCCAUCUGAACUCAACUCACCACGACACAGAACACACUCGCUCUGCAACUCUUUAGAGGACCUGGAGGACCAGAAGAGAAGAAAGAAGAAGGAGAAAAUGGGGCUGAGCUCACUGUCGCGUGUGUUUGCUCGAGGAAAGCAGAGAAAGUCUCUGGACCCCGGCCUGUUCGACGACUCGGACAGUCUCUCCAGCUCAAGUUGUCUGAGUAAGAGCCUGUCUGACAGUGAGGAGCAGCUGGAUAAACUGCAGCAGGUGGAGCUGGCACGGACAGUGCCCAUGUCCCGUUGGCGAGCGGGCACAGUGCAGACCUGGCUUGAGGUCAUCAUGGCCAUGCCCAUGUACGUCCAUGCCUGUGCAGACAACGUCAAGAGCGGCAAGAUGAUGCUGGCGCUAACUGAUGCAGAUCUGAAGACUUGUUUGGGGAUCAGCAACUCUAUGCAUCGCAGGAAAUUGCGUUUGGCCAUUGAGGACUACAGACAGGCUGAGUCAGGACAUGGACUAUCUAAUGCAGCAGAUCUGGACCACCACUGGGUAGCACAGGCAUGGCUGAACGACGUGGGUCUGUCUCAGUAUUCCCAGUUCUUCAACACACACAUGGUGGAUGGACGCCUACUGAGCACGCUCACACGUACCGACCUAGAAAAGCACCUUCAUGUGUCUAAAAAAGCUCACCAGAACAGCAUGCUGCUGGGAAUCCAGCUUCUACACAUGCUUAACUUCAACAAAGAAGUACUACAGGCAAGGCGAGCAAACUGUGAGAACCAGAACACAGACCCUCUGGUGUGGACCUGCCAGCGUGUCAUUAAAUGGCUGAAGGACAUCGACCUGAAGGAGUUUGCUGGCAAUCUUCAGAACAGUGGUAUUCAUGGUGCCGUCAUGGUUCUUGAUCCCUUCUUUAACACUGACUCUAUGGCAACUGCUUUAGGUAUCCCUGGAAACAAGCACAUGGUCUGUCAGCACCUGAGUGAAGAAAUGAAAGCCCUCCUUAAUGCUUCAGGACUGGAUGAUGAACAGGUAGUUGAAGUUUUGGGAAUUUCACCCACUCUGUCUCAGCAGAGCUCUCUGGGACGCUCCACAAUCAGCCAGCAUGAUGACCAGUUCUCCUUCAGAAAACAUACAGUCAAGUCUCAGAUAAGCUACAGUCCAAAGAGCCAUGGUGGGAUGGACAGAAAAUCUCCAAACUCUGUGUGUGAGGAAGACCCAUCCGAGAUAGAAAACAGUCCUGUCAGAAACCUCGCUGCUGCUAAUUUCACUAAUGUCUCAUUGAUGCCAGGACAUGGUGCAAUACCAUAAUGGAAUUAGGGGUUUUGUAAAUGAAUAUGAAUAUCAGUCAGUCAUCUGUUUUAUUAGUAUUUUUAUUCAUGUAGUGGUAUGAUUACUAAUA